AACCAUGUACAAAUCUAGACAGUAUGAAGUGGUCAAGAGAAGUGAAGAGCUUGUCUACGGGCGUAGACCCCUCCAAUCAAUUGACCAGAAGGUCACCAAGCUUGUGUUUGGAGGAGAACUUAUUGCCCAGAGUAUUAUGGCUGCCUGGGAAACCCUCGAAGAUGGUUGGACUCCCAAUUCAUUCCAUUCAUACUUCAUGAGGCCAGCAUCCACCGAGACUGUGAUCCGGUACGAGAUUUCUAGUAAUAGCGAUGGCCACAAUUACAAGAACCGGUUGGUGCACUGCUAUCAGGAAAAGGGCGAUAAGCUUUGCUUUAUAGCGAUGAUCUCGUUUGCUCAGAAGAACGACAUGAAAAAACGUCAAUUAGACUUCCAAAAUAGCCCUAACCCCAACGUGAAGAAUGUUCCAUUCGACUUCCAGUUCUCUCCCAACGAGUACUUCUACAAGUAUAAAGAUCGGAUGGAAGAGUUGAUGGUGUUCAACCAUACCAACGACCAUAUUCUGGCGAUGAUUCCGCCGGAAAUCUUCGAGGAUGCGGGGGACGCAGAAAACCAGUUGGAGGUGGGUGAGAGGCGAUUAGGCUUCUUUACUCGGGUGAAUGUCGAUGGGGUGCAGCCAGUCCAUAAAAAGUGGAACUAUGUGGACUUUGCGUUUGUGUCCGAUGCCACCACGCUUGUGCUCUUUUAUCGGUGCUUGGGUACGGCUUUCAGCAUGAAGUAUUUCUGGUACACGUAUGCCACCAUGGAUCAUAACAUCUACUUUCAUGACGACGAUUUUAAUAUCACCGACUGGUUGUUUGUGGACUUUCGGUUUGUGAGGUUGAGCAACGGCCGAGUGUUGUUUCUCUCGUUUUAUUUCAAUAGAGAUGGAAAGUUGGUGGCUUCCAUAACGCAGGAAGCGCAGGUGCAGAUUCCUCAGAAAGUGGCUGAUAAGGCGACUCUGGGAUCGUACAAGUUAUAGGAGGGGUUUAGUAGGGCUUGUUGAUCGCGACAUUGUUUGUGUACCAGUGGCUGUCACUGUUCACUUGGCUACAUGAUUCCUCCGUCUGGUGCAAAACCUGUCAAUUUCAAACACACUAUAUCAGCCAGCCAACACUCCAAUGUCAAUAAUAGAAUCCAUUCAAUCUAAACAAAUGAACUAUGUAUAACCAAGUCCAAGCCCUGAGCUUGGUCAAGCUCUGGUCUCUGUUCCUAUCUCUGUCUCCGUUGUCUCAUUAUAAUUCUCAGUCAAUUUGCGUCCACGAUUCUUGGGCCUUUCUCAUCAGCUGACUCAAUGGCAUUCCAAUCCCCGUCCUGUCGACUUGUGGCCCCACAACCAGUGUCCACCAAUUGCACCCAACACAACUGCAAGCAUCAACCACCCAUUAUACGUCAUAAACACCAACAUAAGCAUAAACAGGUACCCGAUCUGAAACCCAUAAAACACCGACUUCUUGAGCCUAUACAAACUCAUGGCUCUCAGGUCAGACGCCACUGCCAAAGUACGGGCCUCCCAGAGGGAGAUAGUGUGGCGUACAAACUCGUAGCCCGUGGCCAAAGCAGCCACUGCCACAAAUGAAAACAAAAACGAGUAGACGGAGCGGAUGUGCCACCAGUGGAAAAUCACACAGGUGUUGGUGUAGUCCCACGUGAAGAGCAUGUUCAUGGAGCACCUGGCAGGCAUGUCGGGCAUGGGCAUAUCGUGGGAUGCGGAUGGCGAGUGGACAGGCAUCUGAUCCAUAUUGUGAUAGCUGUUCAUUUGGUUGAGAUGUUUGAGCACUUUAUAUUCCUAGUUGGCUGCGCGGCCCGAUAGUGCGAGUUUCCCCCAUUAGGAGACUUUGGUGGGUGUAUGGGUCAGAACCCCAGUUCACCCCAAUUAGUCAGAACUCCCUACACCAGAUCAUACUCAUUAGUCAGAAUCCAUAUCCGGUACAAACAUCGGGCACUUGCCCGGUUUCAGUCAUUCCUCCCAGAAAUCAAGUCGAUCUUAAUCCGGG